AACGGCGUUUGUAAAGAGGCGCAAAGAGGAGACACGACGGCAGAGGGAUGCGUUGUUGGUAAGAAAUGUGUAUCUUUUUUUUCUCCACUUUCUCUUCUCUCUCUUCUCUCUCUUCUCAUUCUGCCUCUCUUCAUUUCCCCUGGCUUCUGUUCUCUCUGUGAUUCUCCUUCCCAGUCCUUCGCUUCGCUGGUAGUUUCUGCUCCUCCCCUCCCCUUUUCUUUUUUCCUCCGCCUCGUUCUUUGUCUUUUCUUCUUGGACUCUCGUUCCCUCUCGUCUUCUCGACGCCGCUGUUCCUGCGUGUGUCUUCGCGUCUCUUGUCUUUCUUUCGUCCUUUCCGCACCCUCGCUCCCGCGUUUCGCGCGUCUCUCCUUUCUCCGGGGUAUCGUCUCCUUUCCUCCGUUGAGUGGGCGCGCUCCGCCGCGUCGACAGCUUCUGUCUGCUGCACCUUCCCCCUCAUUCUUUGUCUUUUCUUCUUCGACUCUUUGGCAGGAUCACGUGCGACGGUGCCAUGCUGAGGACGCCGUGGGGAUUCCGCGCGUCUGUUUCAACUGCAGCUUCGAGUCCAUCAUGAACGAAAAGGAAAUCCGCAGUCUGGCCAAGCAACUUUUCAUUUCUUAUCACCUCGUUCGCAGCUCUCCAUCUGUGCCGAUGCAGCUCCACUUAGCUUCCUUCGACGACGACAACACAGUCUACCAGGCCUGUCGGGAUCUCUUUUCUUUCAAUUCCUGGAUCGUGAGACGUCAUGAGCGACCUUACUGGGAGGUUUUUUCGCGAGAAGAAGUCGUUGUUCUCUCCCCCGAUGCGGACGAGGAGCUCCUCUCUGUCGAGGCGGACAAAGUCUACGUUGUCGGCGGUCUCGUAGAUCGAACAAUCAGUCGAAGCGAAACAUUUCGACAAGCAGAGCAGUUCCAGUUUGAAACGCGCAAGCUCCCUUUCCCGACUUUCCUUCCCGAGCAACAGCGCCUGGUUCUGAACGUCAACACUGUGGUGGAGAUUCUUCUUCAAGUUCGUCAGCACGGCGAUUGGAAAGCUGCGCUUCUGUCGGCAGUACCACGCCGCCUUCAGGGAACAGGAGGAAGAAAGAAGGCUAGACUUGAUCGAAAGCGCGAACGCCGAGAGGAAAUCUUCAGUCACAAUCCAGAACUGCGGAACGAGGCGGAGGCUCGGCAGGUCCGGGAGCGGCAGUGGUGCCGCGGCAAGGGAAGGUCGUCCACCUUCGACGACGAAAAUCCGUUCGAGAAUCCAGACGCUCUCGCAGCUCUCGCCCUCUUCAACGAAGAUGCAAGCUCGCCGUCCGAUUCUGCGCGCGGUGUUGUCUCGGCUGCCGAGGAAGGCGCAGUCUCCAGCCGGGCAGAAGACGAAAAACAAAGAGAGGACAUGGGUGACUCGACUGAAAGCCGGACAAGAAACGGAGAACUGGAGAAGAACGCGCAGGUCGUCAACCCGUUGUUCGACAGCUGAGUGGCCGCGCUGUUUAUCGUAGAACUCAAGACUCCGCGUUUCUCUCGCGUCAACAUCUUCCAGGCGAGAGCGCCAAGGGGACCGUGUUAAUGUGCUCACAUUCUCUCUUCUCUCCCUGUUCCUUCAUCGUCUCGCUGUACAGACAUAUAUCCAUAUCUACAUAUAUCUGUAUAUGGUAUAUAUGUGUGUGCGUUUGUUAGUGUUUCUUGCGGAGAUGUGUUGAACUGAAUAUCUCGUUCUCCUUCUGGCUAUUUUCCUCCCAUGAAAUGUAGCUCGCUGUUUGUAUUCUUUGUAUUCCGACGUCACAUUCUCUUUGACAGACUGUCUAGACUUUUGCUCUGAUUUCAUCGCGGCUCUUCUGUGGGUGUUAAAAGCUGCGAAGAAAAGUGACCACGAGGAGUCGAGAGACCGCCUCGACCUCUGGGCUAGACGCUUGCAUGCACCUAGCCACCGCACGCUUGUCGACUGUCAAGUCAGACUCGCGUUGGACCUCCUAUUGGAUUUUUGCCUUUGCCUCCGAUGUCUGC